UUUGAGAACAAUCAGUGCCUCUUUUGUCAACAAUUUUGAUGCCAAUUGCUCGUCGCCAUUUCAAAGGUUUGUGCCUUCUUGCUGCCUAAGCUUCGAAAGAAUAAAUCGUUUAUUUGGACCUUAAUCAGCAUAAUUUUCGAAAAUUCCAAAUUGAAAGUCUGUCCAAGCUGGCUUAUUUACACUGCUUCAAUUCUACUUCUGACCACCUCGAUCGAUGUGCAUCCACUGCUGUCGCCUCCGCCGGACACCAUGUCCACCGAUUCCCUACAGCUGUCCACACUGCCCGGUGCGCACCAUCUCAAGCUGCUGCCCAUUGGGCAGACGGCCCUUCACCGAGAAUCCUUUUAUUGGGGGUCAGGAUCGGGGGCCAACCCCCGAUCCCGGUGACACCUUGCCACCCCGCUGGCUGGAGGUCAAUCGAAGGGUCAUUUACGCCUUGGCGAAUAAAUUGUAUCGAUCUCCAGAGGCUGCUCAUUAUAUUUUGCUUCGCCUACUUUAUGCCAACUAUAGAAAAGUGAUGAUGAUAUCCCGAAAACGAAGGAGAUACAGGGUACCAUUAAGUGGCUUUCCAGGUCAGGAUUUGUUCUCCGCUAGCGCACUUUUCGAUAGCAAUGGUUACCUCUCCGAACCCAUGACUCCCGAAACUCUAGGAAAGCUACUCCACAUGAUGCAGGACUAUAUUCUUAGGCUGAGAGCGCUAAAUCGGAAGUACAAGUGGUGCGGAAACGGCGAGGAUUUUGGAGAUGUAUUGCUCUUAUUGGGAGAGAAAGACGAACUGGUAAGAUUGUUAAGAGAUCUCUUUGGAGACAGCGAUGUUGUGUCGAUUCCAAAGCUCCUAUGCGCCCUGAGCGAACUGGAAAUCAAUAAUUUAUUUGGAAAUUGCAAGAAGAAAACCGUGCCCUCAAUGGUGAGAAGUAUAUCCGAUCUCUACUCUGAAGUGACGGAACCAAAAAGUCCAAUUCUAAUAUCAUUUGCGAACAGAGCCAACAAAGCAGUUUCCCCGCCUUCAGUUGGGGAUUCACAUUGCAGAGAUUAUGGGCCGAGCCAUCUAAAAAACAUCUCAGAUUUCAGUACAAAGUUCUUGCCUCUUGGAAGUAAAAGUGAAAAAUGUAUUUUAGCAUCAAAGACAAAUUUAAUUCCAAGCAGCAUACAAUGUCCUCAAAAAUCCAACAUUAAGCAAGCAGAAAACAGUACUGGGAUUUUAAAUACACCUUCCAAGAACGUAGAAAAAGAUACCAUCCACGUCAAAGCCACUUCCACCAAAACAAACCAAUCUAUUUAUGAACCCUUUGAUGCCCAAAAGAACUCCUCCUGGAUCCCCCGCCACACAGACUCACAUCGAUUGAUAACAAAUGGUCGGAUUGCCGAGAGACGGGUCCACUACUAUAAAAAAUCUGGAUGAGUCAGUUCAAUUUGCCAAGAAGGUGAGCGGCCAACAGCGAGAAAUCGGUCAUUUACGGAAGCCUACCAUUAGAAACAAUAAACAAGCAUUAUGAUCUUGUCACCGGUACACAACAAAUCGUUAGGCAACUUAAUGCAGUCAACCAAUUAAUAGGGCAGAUGAACCAAAAUGUUUUCAUUGGAGCAGUUGUCCGAUCCAUUGGUUAAGCUAGAAAAACAGUUGAACUUCUCAAAUAAGCAAAUAAGAUAGCCACUGUUCUUAUCAUAACUUCUAUGAAGAUUAUUCUUACUGGAAGGCUUUAAAUGAACAAUUAUACAACUGUGAUUAGCCUCAAGCGAAAUAAAGAAUAGAAAAAAGCGCAAC